CAAUAGACACCUUCCAAACAGCCCAAGACAAUCUGCCUGAAAUGCUUCAAACUCUCCUCAUGUAUGAGAAAAAGCCUGGUCAAGUGCAAAGCUCGCAUGGGCAAGAACUUCAGCUGGAUUUCAUAUUUUUCUAUAAUGUACUCGACGGAGACAAGUUUGCUAGGCAUGAAAAUAAGUGGGUAAUGGUGCACAACCAGAAGAUGUUAGAGUAUGGACAGGAGUAUGAUGGUGAUCAAUUGGACAACAUUCUCAAAACUAUGUCUGGUAUCAUCCAGCUCUCAGUUAAUCAGAAACUUCUGCUAUAG